CUGCAUCAGCGCCGCUGUAUGGAUGCCAAGGCCAUCCAGCACAGUUCGCUGGGGGCGCAAUGGUCCAGCGCAGUGCUGGAGCACAGUAUUCGGUUUAGGUGGUGCUGGUAAUGUGGAGUUGUAAGGGGUGCUCAGAAAAAGUGUCAAGUAGGUCCAAACUUUUGCAUACAGAAGACAUGAAGUUGUUCGUGAUGCACCGAUGGUGGAGGCUUUCAUGUCAAGAUGGCCUGGUCUAUUUGACAUUAGAGAGGUAUGACCUGUCUCAUACAUGUUUUUUUGGAUACUGUGUUAAUCUAAGAUGUCUAGGCACAUUUACUUCACUGUUCACUUUGGCAACACGAGUGAUUGUGGCCUUCUUCCAGAUGUUUAUAAUUUGAAAAUCAUUCCUUUGUGCUCAUUUUUUCAGAUAAAUGCUGAGUUUAAGAGAAUUACGACCAUACCGCUUCAUUCAAAGUUCUUCUCUCAACUGGAUCUCCACUGUGACAACCUGAGGAAGCUCUUCAAAAGAAGAGGAGGACAGCUCGGACAAAAGCUUAGACAAAUUGUUGCACAAAUGGAUGAUUGUGAAGAUGUUGAUGUUGCACGGGAGUGUGUCAUUAAGGGAGUCUGCAUAUAUAUGGGAGAAGAUCCAGCCAAGCUCAUCCAUAAAUAUGUGGGUGUGGAUGAAGCUAAUAUUGAAGAGGGUAUUGGAGCCACCACCAUCGGUGUUUUUCAUCUUAAAGACUGUUCUUCAGCAGAUGAAGACAUCGGGGUCGUUCUUGAAGGCAUCAGAGUGUUGUCCAAUUUGGAUAGUGUGCCAACAGCUGUUGCAAUGCUUUUUGGACUGAUAUAUGCAAUGAACCUCGCCUACCCUGCUGACCUCCGCUACACUUUCGAGGUAUUACAGAAAAUAGUAAUGGAACUGGAUGGAGGUAAACUGUCAAACAAGGCAUUGUCCCUUAAAAACCACCUCUAUGAGUGAAUAGAGAUUUUCUCAUGUUUAAUUUGGUAAUGUUCUCAUGUUCAGUUUUUGUAUUUCUUGUUGUAUUCUUUAUUGGAGGACACAAAUGUAUUUUUUUAAUGAGGAACGUUCACCUGAAAGACUGGGCUUCAGCAGCUUUUACGUUCCAGUAUGUAGUGCUACUUAUAACACUACUGCUACUUAGUGUUACAAAUAUGUUAAAGAAAUUUGCUAUAAAAGUUACAUUACACUGAUUUAUUGUCAUGCAAAUUACAUGUUCAGAAUUGUU